GGAAGUGAUUUUAUCAGAAUUCUUUCAAAGGGGUUUAAGAUGAAAAUGAUCGAAACCACAGACUCUGAAACCCCCGCUUCUAGCAACGAUUUGUGGGCUGGCAUUUGUCAAUUUCCAACAGAGACUCAUCAGGAGAACCUAACUCAAGCUUUUUCAGACUCCUUUGUUUGCCCUUAUCCCGAGGAAAGGAAAAUCCAGGACGCCAGCCUACAUGAAACUGAAUGCAGUGUUCACCACUUCAUUCCAAAACCAUGGGCACCCCUGCAAGAUUCUGAACUUUAUUUAGCUUCCUUAGAACGGCGGCUACAGAAGAUUAAAGGACAGUCCCGUGAAGUUACAUCUAAGGACAUGCUGCAAUCUCUAGGCCAGGCUAAAAAGGAAUGCUGGGAUCGGUUCCUACAGGAGUCCUUUGAAUCUGAGGCAUACAUUGAAGGCAUUGAUGGUGAUAACAGCACCUUGGAACAUUUGAAGCGUUGGCUGCAGCCAGAAAAGGUUGCCAUAAACGCAGAGGAGGUGCAGUGCCUUAUUCCAGUGGAUUCUCCUGCAACAACAGUUGAAAACAACAAAACGAAUGAUUCUGCAGAGGAUUGAUAUUCUGCAUUUGCAUGAUGUCCAACUCCAGUUUUCUGAUGAGGCUGGGUUUUAGAGAUUAGUGAAUAAAA